CCAGAGGCCCAGAGGAAGCAUGGACGGAGGGAGCAGAAUGCCUCACUGGGGCCUCCUGCUGGUGCUCUGGGGCUCCUGCACCUUCAGUCUCCGCAUGGACGCUGGCGCCUUCCCACGAAUCUUCCUCAAGAAAAUGCCGUCAGUCCGGGAAAGCCUGAAGGAGCGCGGCGUGGACGUGACCAGGCUCCGGGCUGAGGGGAGCCAGUUCUCGGAGAGACUCUCCUUCAGCAACAGCACGUCCCCCGUGGUCCUCACCAACUACCUGGAUACCCAGUACUACGGCGAGAUUGGCAUCGGCACCCCACCCCAGACCUUCAAAGUCAUCUUCGACACGGGAUCGGCCAACCUCUGGGUGCCCUCCACCAAGUGCAGCCCUCUCUACACAGCCUGUGAGAUUCACAGCCUCUACGACUCCUCGGAAUCCUCCAGCUACAUGGAGAACGGGACUGAAUUCACCAUCCACUACGGAUCCGGAAAGGUCAGAGGCUUCCUGAGCCAGGACACGGUGACUGUGGGUGGAAUCGAGGUGACCCAGACGUUCGGAGAGGUGACGGAGCUGCCCUUGAUGCCCUUCAUGCUGGCCAAGUUUGACGGUGUCCUGGGCAUGGGCUUUCCUGCCCAAGCCGUUGCGGGGGUCACCCCCGUCUUUGACCACAUCCUCUCGCAGAGGGUGCUAAAGGAGGAUGUCUUCUCUGUCUACUACAGCAGAAAUUCCAAGAAUUCCCACUUGCUGGGGGGAGAGAUUGUGCUGGGAGGCAGUGACCCCCAGUAUUACCAAGGGAAUUUCCACUACGUGAGCAUCAGCAAGACUGGCUCCUGGCAGAUCAAAAUGAAAGGGGUGUCUGUGAGGUCAGCCACCUUGCUCUGUGAGGACGGCUGCAUGGCAGUGGUGGAUACUGGCGCCUCCUACAUCUCAGGUCCCACCAGCUCCCUGAGGCUGCUCAUGGAGACCCUGGGGGCCAAGGAGCUGAGCACAGAUGAAUACGUCGUGAACUGUAACCAGGUGACCACACUCCCUGACAUCUCCUUCCACCUCGGAGGCAGAGCCUACACGCUCACCAGUGCAGACUACGUGUUACAGGACCCCUACAGUAAUGAUGACCUGUGCACACUGGCCCUCCACGGUCUGGACGUGCCACCGCCCACUGGGCCUGUCUGGGUCCUGGGCGCCAGCUUCAUCCGCAAGUUCUACACAGAGUUUGAUCGGCGUAACAAUCGCAUUGGCUUUGCUUUGGCCCACUGAGGCCCUCUGCUGCCCCAGCAAGGGCGGCAGCCCUAGCCCAGAGCUGAGACCGCCCCUGGCCAGUGCUUGUGUCCUUGUGUUGGAGUACAGGGCAUGGAGCUCCUUGUAGAUCAUUGACCUGCCCCAGCACCAGCUCUUCCCUGCUUUGAGGACAAACAGAAUAAAGAUUUCAUGUUCAUA